AUGAACGUGGAGGUAGGAGAAUUGGCGAAUGGGCAACAGCUGCCGAAUGUGGAGGUACUGACACUGCUGACCGUUCGUUUCCCGAACGGGGAGGUGAAAAAAUGUUUGGAAGUUGAACGGGGAGGUAGCCAUACUGCCGGCCGUUCAGCUGUCGAACGGGGAAGCAGUAAAACUGCAGAAUGUUCAGUUUUUGUGUCCUCUUUUGCAGGGAAGGAAGGAGAAGCAGCUGCAGGUGAUAGAAGUCCUGGAAAGAGGCCAUUCCAAGCACGGGCCAGCGGAAGAAGGACGAGCGGUACGGCAGGCUUGGCAGCAGGUCACAGGAACGCUGGAAGCGCUUUUGGAGGAGCAGGGACAGCAUCCUCUAUCCCGGUGGUGCGGAUUCUUCACCGUUUUGUCUUGUUCUGUAUGAGGUUUAACAUUGUUUUUUGGGCACGCCACAUGCCGGGACUGUUGAAUGUUAUUGCUGAUGCGUUCUCGUUUGCAGUGGGAGAGGUUCCGGCAGGUAGGCAGCUCGGGACAUCAUGCUAGGUGGGCUGAUCAGGGCACCCGCUACCUGGAUGGCGAUCAGUAAGGUGUGAGGGGAAUGGGACGAGCUGGUGCAACAGACAGGGGGUCAGCUCUCAAGGGAGGCAUGGUUGGACGCGCUGCUGUGGCUCUUGUGUAGGUCAGUCACCACAGGGGCUUCGGCAGCGGUGGUAGGGCGUAAGCUGGCAGCGCUAGCCUUCUUGUUCAAAUUUAACGGGUGGGAGGAUGCUAACAUUCUCUUGUUUCAGGAGGGGUAAGGUGUCAGUGGAUUCUAGGAGGCCGGUGUCAUUCAAGUUGCUUUAGCGGGUGGUCCGGGUGCUGCCCGCGGUGUGUUUUUCAGGAUACAAAGUUAUGAUGUUUUCCGUGGUUUUUAGCUUUGCCUUUUUCGGGGAAUUUCGUAUUAGCGAGCUGGUUAGCAGCAAUCGCCAGGGGGCCGGGUGGCUUCAGGCGGUGGACGUGGAAGUGUGGAGUAACAAGGUAGUGAUUAACCUGAGGCGGUCCAAAAUGGAUGUAAUGGGGAAGGGAAUGUUGGUUACAUUGUGGGAGCUCCCGGGUGGGAGAACUUGCCCGGUUAAGUGCGCAAUGGCCUUCCGGGAGGUACGGGCAAUGGCUGGGGGUUCAUAUUUUAAGAAAGAGAACGGCUCUUCGCUAUCGAAGUUCCAGUUCCUCAGGGUUUUUCAGAAGGCAUUGGCAAGGCUGGGAGUGGACCCGGGCCAAUUCGGGACACAUUCUUUCAGGAUUGGUGCAGCUACUGAAGCGGCGAGACUAGGCUUGGGUGACGAACAGGUGAAAAGGAUUGGCAGGUGGGAGUCGCUGAGGUUCAGGUCUUACAUUAGGCCAGACAAGUUGGUAUAAGGUUAAGGGUGGUUAAUGGGGAAUGUUGGUUUGGUGGUUGUUUGUGGUUGUCUAUGUUUGCUUUAUGUUUUGGAGGUCGAAUGGCAUGGCCACUCAUACAUGGCCACUCAUACAUAUACUGGGCUCAACGGAGAGCUGCAGUUCAACAUCAUGGUCUACAGCUGGUCUUUCCAAGUUCUUUGGUGCAGCUUCGGUGGUUUGGUUACCGGGGCUGGGGUUGGAAUGUUAUAUGUGAUGAAAUGUUUCACAAAAUUAUUUUGGGACAGGUUCCGCACAUAGUGGUGCUUCACGCAGGGGGCAAUGAUGUGUGGUCGUUACCUCAAAAGGUUUUGCUCGAAUGUUUGAAGACUAAUGUGGACAAAUUAAGGGAGUUAGUGCCAGGGGUUAUGGUAGUAUGGUCGGAGAUGGUUCCGAGGUUGUACUGGCGGCACGCGCAGAAUCCCUCCGCGGUGGCGAAGAUUAAGGGUAAGGUUAAUAAGGUGAUGGCAGCGUAAGUGAAAUGGUCAGGGGGGUUGUAAUUAGGCACAGGGAGUUGGAAGACAUGCUUCCAGGUUAUUAUAGGUGUGAUGGGGUCCAUCUGUCCAAUGUGGGUUUGGACUUUUUGUUGCUGGGUUUCCAGGAGGGCUGCCAGAGGGCGAUAUUUCCCUGGGGGGGGGUGUCGCUCAAGAGCUCGAGGAGUCGAGCUCUGAGCUGUGGCGGGGGAUGGAGAGUAAAGUUGGGGGGAGAAAAGAGUGAGAUGGGGAAAAAGUUUGGAGUUCAGGGCUAAUAGGUAGACCUUUGGACUGGUUUGAUAGGUUCGAGCUUGUAGGUGGCUCCGAACCGAGGUGUGUAUGGGGUGUCUCGGUAUGCCCAUACACUUGUGGUGCCCUUUGGUGGCAAUGGUCAUGUUUCAUGUUAAGUAAAAUGUUACAAUGUUUGGGUAUUAUGUUAUGUGGGGGUGGGUCAUUGUCAAGGGUUUAAAUUGUAAAUGCAGGAUGUUAAUUGUGCAGGCCAACAUGUGCCUGCUGUUGACAAUGACCUUUAUAAUUUAUGUUAAAUAUCAAAUAAAGCUGUGAUAUAAUUUUGCCAAAACCAUGGUGCCAGUGCUUUAUUGGGAAUUGGGUAUUUGGUGGGGGUUUUAAGCAAAGGCCAACAAGGCGACUGAGCACAUGUCAUGUGAUAUACACUGUCAGCCAAACUAAAUCUGUGAUAUACAUUGUCAGCAAAACUCACAGCAAUCUGUGAUAUAUACACUGUCAUUGAAACUCACAGUAAUCUUUGAUAUAAACUGGGGGGGGGGUUAAAUCAAAGGGACAGCAAACUGAAUAGGUAUCUCCAGGAACCCCCAUGAAACCACUACAAUGUAAAAGAAAAAUCCCCAAAUAAAACAAAGAAGAGCAAAAAGGCACAGUAAUCUUAAAAACUAAGCAUAAUUAAUACAAUUUCAUAAAUAAAUCAUAAUAAAAGCCACCCACUAUAAGCAGGAGGCAGUGGUACUCUGACCUGUACUGACUGCAGAGCAGCAAAGAAAGAGGAAAUGAUGCAAUGGGGAGGGGAGUUUUAUAGUACCUAACUUUUUUCUGAUUGGUUGUUUUUCUGUGCUGCUGUGGAGUUCUAGUAAAGAGAGACUUAAGCAAAUACUCGCCUCCUGUCAUGUUGUAAAAUUGAUUGUUUACUUAAAAUCUGGUGGGCAAGCUUAACCCCUUCAGGACGGGUGACGGACGAGGUCCGUCACAGAGGGGAGACCCUUAACGACGGGUGACGGACCUCGUCCGUCACGCGGUAAAAUUAACCCCGGAUCGCCGCUAUCGCGGCGAUCGCGGGGUUAAUGGUGCUCCCGGUAUGCCUCUGCAUUGGAGGCAUACCGGGAGCACCCGGUCAGUCUGCCCAGCACAUGUGCUCGCUCUGACCGCAAGUCUGAGCGAGCACAUGUGCUCUGUGUACUUACCUACCGGCUCCCUGCACUUCCGGGUUCUGUGUGAAGUGCAGGGAGCCGGAUCAGUGAUGAUCCUGCCCCCUGCUGUUAAAAAAAAUAAAGUUUAUUUAAAGUGUCCCCCCUCUUACCCAUUUUAAUAAAAAAUUAACCCCUUCCCUGCCAAUUGAUCACUGACUACAGUGAUCAAUUGGCAGGGAUUACAUUUUACUAUGAUCUGAUUUUUUUUUUUAACCCCUGAGGGUUAAUUUUUUUUUUUUUAACCCUCAGGGGUUAAAUUAAUUAAAUUAAUUAAAUUAUUUUUAAAUUAUAUAUUUAGAUAGCUGGGGUAGGUGGAAGUUAGUGGGGAAUUGGGGGAUUUGGCGUUAGGCUAACUAGGGGUUAACGUUAAAAAAAAGUUUUAAAAGAAACUUUAAAAAGUUAAAAAUUAAACUUAAAAAAUGUUUUAAUAACAUUUAAGUAAAAAAAAACAAAAAAAACACACUUUACCUAGUCCAAAUAAAAAUUAACCCCUUCCCUGCCAGUCGAUCACUGCCUACAGCGAUCAAAUAGAGAUCACAGUAUUAUACUGUGAUCUAAUUUUUUUUAACCCCUGAGGAUUAACUUUUAUUCAUUUUUUUAACCCUCAGGGGUUCAAUUUAUUUAAUUAAUUAAUUUAAAUAUUUUAUAACUAUAUAUUUUGCUAGCUGGGGUGGGUGGGAGUUAUGGGAAAAUGGGGAAUUUACUGUUAGUGCUGCGUACUGCUAGUUAGGGGUUAACAGUAAAAAAAAAAUAGCUUAGAAAAAUGUUAAAUCUGUAAAAAAGUUUUAAGAAAGUUUAGGAAAGUUUAAAAAAAUUUAUAAGCAAAACAAAAGUUUAAAAACUAGUUUUUAAAAGUAAAAAGUUAUAAAAAGUAAAAAAAUACAUUUUAAAAACGCUCAUUACCACUACACCUGGAACAAACUAGAGAAAAAAUUAUCCCACGCCAAGGUUCAAAAUAUGCCUUUUGAAUUACCCCAGGGUGUAUUCUUUAAUAAAUAGUAUGUGCUUGUGGGGAAGUUUCAAUAACCAACCGUCUAAACUACUCCAAAUUGGAACAUGGACACAGCGUAAAACUUCAAAGUUAGAAAAAAAUUGAAUGGCUGCAUCUCAAAUGCGCCCCUUCAACAUCCACAUAUACCUGGCAAAGGUACAUACGUGGUAUUGCUGUACUCAGACGACAUAGCUGAGCAACAUAUGAAGUAUUAUACAGUCGUAGCACACAUAAGGUUUGCAAAAUAUACUGUGCAAACUCACUUUGUAUGUCAAAAAGGCAGAAAAAUGCUUAUUACCACUACACUUGGUACAAGCUAGCGGAAAAAUGAUCCCACGCUGAGGUUCAAAAUAUGCCCUUUUGAAAUACCCUGGGAUGUCUUCUUUAAGAAAUGGUAUGGCUUUAUGGGGAAUUUGGAUUAUAUAGCCUGGUAAAAUACUCUAAAAUGGGACAUAGGCACAGCAUAAAAAUUCAAAGUUUGAAAAAAACUGGAAUGGCUGUGUCCCAAAUGCGCCCCUCCGAUGUCCACACAUACCUGGCAAAGGUACAUACGGGGGUAUUGCUGUACUCAGCCGACAUAGCUGAGCAACAUAUGAAGUAUUAUACAGUCAUAGCACACAUAAGGUUUGCAAAAUAUGCUGCGCAAACUCACUUUGUAUGUCAAAAGGCAGAAAAAAUGCUUAUUACCACUACACUUGGUACAAGCUAGCGGAAAAAUGAUCCCACGCUAAGGUUCAAAAUAUGCCUUUUGAAAUACCCUGAGAUGUCUUCUUUAAGAAAUGGUAUGGCUUUAUGGGGUAUUUGGAUUAUAUAGCCUGGUAAAAUACUCUAAAAUGGGACAUAGGCACAGCAUAAAAAUUCAAAGUUUGAAAAAACUGGAAUGGCUGUGUCCCAAAUGUGCCCCUCCGAUGUCCACACAUACCUGGCAAAGGUACAUACGGGGGUAUUGCUGUACUCAGCCGACAUAGCUGAACAACAUAUGAAGUAUUAUACAGUCGUAGCACACAUAGGGUUUGCAAAAUAUACUGUGCAAACUCACUUUGUAUGUCAAAAAGGCAGAAAAAACGCUUAUUACCACUACAUCUGGUACAAGCUAGCGGAAAAAUGAUCCCACGCUAAGGUUCAAACUAUACCUUUGAAACACCCUGGGGUGUCUACUUUAAGAAAUGGUAGGCCUUUGUGUGGUAGUUUGAAUUUAAAACCUGCGAAGAUGCUUGGAAAUUGCACAUAGGCCCAGCGUCAAAAUUCAAAGUCUGGUAAAAACGGAUAUGGCUUGGUCUCCUAUAUGGCACUGUAGCUUCACAAAAUAGUGACAAAGACAUUCAUUGGGGGUGUAUUUUUACUCAAAAGACUUAGCUGGGCAUAAUUUGGGAGGUUUGAACUUAGUGGCACAUAUGAAAUAUACAAAACGCCCAGCAAAAAUGCAAUCCGUAUGUAAAAAAUACACAAAAUUAUUUUUACCACAUACUUUGGCAUAUAUUGGUGAAAAAAUGGGGGUAUGUUAAGGCACAAUAUGCACCUUAUGAGAUACCCUGGAGUGUCUACUUUUACAAAUGGUAGGCCUUUGUGGGUUUUUUUUGAACAGUCAAACUGUUAUAAUACCCCAAAUGGAAGCUAAGACUCAUUAAAUCCAUCUCUCAAAAUUCUACUGUGAAUACUGUAAAGGACAGGUCUCCUAUAUGGGACUGUAGCUUCACGAAAUAGUGACAAAGACAUUCAUAUGGGGUGUCAUUUUACUCAGAAGAAUUAGCUGAGCAUAAUUUGGGGGGUUUGAACUUAGUGGCACAUAUGAAAUAUACAAAACGCCCAGCAAAAAUGCAAUACGUAUGUAAAAAAUGCACAAAAUUAUUUUUUACCACAUACUUUGGCAUAUAUUGGUGAAAAAUGGGGGCAUGUUAAGGCACAAUAUGCACCUUAUGAGAUACCCUGGAGUGUCUACUUUUACAAAUGGUAGGCCUUUGUGGGGGUUUUUUGAACAGUCAAACUGUUAUAAUACCCCAAAUGGAAGCUAAAGCUCAUUAAAUUCAUCUCUCAAAAUUCUACUGUGAAUACUGAAAAGGACAGGUAUCCUGUAUGGCACUGUAACUUCACGAAAUAGUGCAAAAGACAUACAAUGGGGUGUCAUUUUACUCAGCAGAUGUAACUGAACACAAAAUAAAACUUUGUACAGGAAUAGCACACACCAAUUUUACAAAAUAUACACGAGAAUUUCUCUGUUAUAAGUUUGUGUGCCAAAAACCAAAAAGAACACAAUUUUACUCCAAUAUUUAGCAGAGGUUGGCGGUGAAAUGGCUACGUAGAAAGUGUAAAAACAACCUUAGGUAAAUAGCCCGUGAUGUCUACUUUAUAUAAAUAUAUACUUUUGUGUGGCAAUUUUGUUUUCUUUUAUGGCUAUUAAGCUUACAAGACAAACAUACCAAAUUCUAGAAUUGCUCCACAUUAAAAAGUUUAUUUUACUCCUUGUGCUUUAUGACCUGUAACUACCAAAAAAAACUUAAAAUCCCAGACACAUUAUAUAUUCUGUAAAUCAGAACAAAUAAAUAAAUUUAUUUUUAAUUACUUUCCUUAACCUGCACUAAUUAUGCACAUAUUAUUAUUGCAAAAACUGUAAAAAAAAACAAUAUUUUUCAUUUUUUUUGCAUUUUUCUGUAUUUUUUUUAUAAUAAGUAAGCAUUUAUAUAUAUAUAUAUAUAUAUGUUAUAUCAAAUUAAAGCCCUUUCUGUCCUUUAAAAAACAGUAUAUAAUAUGUGUCGGUGCAAUAAAUGAGAGAGAUGCAAGUUGCAGUUGAACGCAAACAGCAAGAAAAUGCAAAAAUUGCUUGUGUCAUUAAGCGUAAGUCAAGCUUCUGAAGCUGUGUCCUUAAGGGGUUAAUAACCAUUAUGUUGUAAGUACAGAUAUGUAGUGCAUCUUCCAUGGUUGGUCACCAAGCAGGCUCUAUGUUAGGAGUUAAAAUAAAGAAAUAUACACCCAAAGUGUACACACAAGGUAUACCUAAAUAUACUGGUACAGCACAGGUUUGAUUUAUCUGUGAAAAUAAAAAUAAACAUAUAGCGUUUUCUGUUUCUAACCAGAUAUUAGUAAGGACAAGGUGAGAGGAAUAGAACUCACAAAGCAGGGGCGGUGCCAGGCUCUGUUGAAUCAGCAUACAGGGUGCCUACAUAGGACAAAUGACAUG